AUGAAAUAAAUAGAGAUGAAUGGUACGUACUUGCUUUCUCAAAAUUAAUAACAUUUAGGGAAUAUUUUCCAAAGAGAUCAUUCAAUUGCCAUUUUUUUUUGUUUUUAAUUAACUAUAAACGCACUCAUGAUCGUCUAAUAUGACUCACAACUCAUAUUUACUAUUACGGUUUGCAUUCUAAAUACCAUUUUUGCUGUUACCACUUAAAUGAUUGCACUUACUAAUAAAACUCUGCUAUUUAAGAAAAUAUGUAUAUUUAUCAGUAGGCUAUCUACAUUAUUAAUGAUAGCAUUACUCGACAUUUAAUUAAAGAGCGCCUUAAUUAUGCUCUUGCAUUCUUUUGAAGUCCAAGAGGUUGAUAAAAAGUACUUUCGAUACUUCGAGAUAAUUGCAACUAGAGCAAUCACCUUAUUUAUCAUCAUAAUCAAUUUCGAUUUAAUAUCAAUUAUUUCGGUAUCCUUCUAAUUUCUAUUGGAACUUAAUAGAUUGUCUCAGGUCAAACAUACACAACAGUUUGAUCCAAAUUAAUAAACUCCAUUAGCUUAAAGUUUAAUUUCCUAGUAAGAAUAAGAUAAUUUGUGGAAAAACAGAAUUUAAAUGAUUCCUGUAUCAUUUGUGAUGAUCAAUUCAAAAACACAAAAAAUCAAUUUCAAAAAUAAAACUGCGCAAUAAUUCUUUUCGAUGUUUUGUGAGAGUGACCAGGAAUUUGAGGAUCUCCUCCUUCAUAAGUUACAAUUUAAUUUAGUCCAAGACAAUAUAGAUUAAAUCUGCCAAUCCUUUUCGUAUUUAAAAAUUCGCCAAAGACUCAGAAGCAAAUAAAAUCGUUUUUUUUAACAGGAUCAAAACUGUCUUACACCAGCUCCACUCUCAGGAUCCUCAGGACAAUGUAUAUCCUCAAGAUAAGCUGACUCCGUGGAACAUAACACACUCAAAUUUACACUCGCUGAGAUUAUAGCAAAUCUCUCUGAAGGUCUCUUUUCAGAAUACAUAGUAAACAAUUCAUUAGAGUUGCUAUGCCAUCAAAAUUAUUAAGGACUUGUAGAAAAUGCUAACACAAAUCAUACUCAAUAGAAGAAAUUCCAAUUGUCUGGAUCUAUAUUGACUAAUCAAUAAAACGAAGAAAUCAUACUUCUUCUUAAUGAUAUUUCAAAGCAAAAUGAACUUCAAUAGUUAAUCUCAGAAGACGAAUUCAAAUCAAAAAUUUUAGAAUCAUUCUCGCAUGAAUUGAGAACUCCUUUAAACGGAGCGAUCAAUUUUCUAUCUGCUUUUCUGUAAGAUACUGAAUUUUCAGAGCGAAUUAAAAACAAGUACAUUGUUCCAGCAAUAAACUCUCUCAGAAUCCAAUCAUACUUAAUAAGUGACAUUGUUGAUUUCACAUCCUCAAGUACAAACAAUUUAGAACUUUUGAUUAAGGAAUUUUCAAUGAGAGAAUUAAUAAAUGAAGUUAAUUCACUCUUUACAAUGUAAUUUGCUGAGAAGAAUCUUGAAUUUAGAGUAGACCUAAUGGAUUGUUGUACAGCUACUGUAAUAUCUGACUAUAGUAAACUAAUGCAAAUAUUGGUGAAUUUACUACAAAACUCCAUCAAAUUCUCAACUGAAGGAUUGAUUGUCUUGAAAAUCUAAUCUCAUACGAAAGACAUCCUGAAGUUUACUGUGACUGAUAUGGGAUAGGGGGUUUCAUCUCUGAACAUAACCUAGAUAUAAUCAUAUUUAAACAAUCUGAAGAAUCACAAGGAGAUCCAAUUAAAUAAAUCUUGGCAGGGAUUUGGAUUAUUGAUUUCAGCAAUGCUAGUAUCUAAAUUGGGACCCUCUGAUAGAAGUACAAUUAAGUUUGAAUCCGAUGGAAUUAACAUGGGAAUUUAUUACCGAAGUUUAACAGUGUUAAAUAGCCUACAAUUAGGUAAAACACAUAAAGAUUUCAAAGUUCUGUUCAUUUAACUACCUCACUUAAUAAUUUAAAUGGUACAAUUAUUUAGACAACGGAUUAAGGUUUGA